AUGCUUCUUUCCUAUAUCAAAGCUGCAAGACUUCGCCGUUGGCUCGCCCGACCAGACUGUCCGCCUGCUAUUCAAGAGUGUGGGGUCCUGUUUGAUCGAGUAUUCAAUAAGAGCGCUACGAACCUGUAUACCCUCAUCAGACGACGAACGGCGGUAUUACGCGCUACACUCAAGUUCGACGGUGUGAUCUACAGUAAGGCGUCUACACACUUGGGCAACAGCCAGAUUUUCUUCUAUCCUCGCGGAGAUCGGUCGUUAACCCCUGUCGCCGCCAGUAUCAAAUACAUUUACAGUACACUGACAGGAGAGUUAUUGUUUGCUGUACAGCGACAUAUCCCGCUAGAUCACCAUACCGUCGAUCCCUUCUCAAUGUACCCUUAUUUUCCGGCGAAAUUGUACUCGACAGACUUCGGAACCCGCCUUGAAAAUGCCAAGGUGUCAUGGGUCGUUAGUCACUUUGCGCGAUGGAGGGUUUCUGACCGUCACGCUGUGAUUCUAUCCUUAUCUCGCGACUGA